UCAAAGCAGGCGCUUUGGACUAGGCUGCUAAUAUUUUUAAAAGCCGAAUUGAGAUAGGGAUUCUGAGAGGCUGAGGGGACCAUGCCCAAGUCCGGGAGUCGAAGGCGCAGCGAGUCCCGCGUCCCAGGUACCCGGAGGUCACACUUACCGGUAAAUCUAACUUCCGGGUCCCGUUCCAGGCCUCCAGCCCCACUGGUCAAUAAGCUCCGCCCCCUGCUGGCCCCAGCAGAUGCCGUGCCCUGAUUGGCCGUAUCUGAAGCCCCGCCCUAGCGUCGCAACCUCAGGUAACUCCGAGCUCCAACUCCCGCGCCAGCCUCGGGACUCUCGGCUUCUUAUUGGACUACCAGUUUCCAAUCGGAAGGGUUUUUGAACCUCAGUCUUCGGGUGGCGCUGGCCAUUGGCGGACAGAAUGGGGGCGGGGCCUGAGGUCGUCGCCGGCAUUGCCUGUGGAUAAGGUAAGGGACUAGAGGCGAACCCGGCGACAAGGAGGCAUCGCGUCGACUCUGACUUCUCUCCCCGCCCCCGCGGGCCCCCACCUACUUCAAAAUGACGCUAGACGUGGGGCCGGAGGAUGAGCUGCCCGACUGGGCUGCGGCCAAGGAGUUUUACCAGAAGUACGACCCUAAGGACGUCAUUGGCAGAGGAGUGAGCUCUGUAGUCCGCCGUUGCGUUCAUCGAGUUACUGGCCGGGAGUUUGCGGUGAAGAUCAUGGAGGUGACAGCUGAGCGGCUGAGUCCUGAGCAGCUGGAGGAGGUGCGAGAAGCCACGCGGCGAGAGACACACAUCCUUCGCCAGGUCGCCGGCCACCCCCACAUCAUCACUCUCAUCGAUUCCUACGAGUCUUCUAGCUUCAUGUUCCUGGUGUUUGACCUGAUGCGGAAGGGAGAGCUGUUUGACUAUCUCACAGAGAAGGUGGCCCUCUCAGAAAAGGAAACCAGGUCCAUCAUGAGGUCUCUGCUGGAAGCAGUGAGCUUUCUCCACGCCAACAACAUUGUACACCGAGACCUGAAGCCUGAGAAUAUUCUCCUAGAUGACAAUAUGCAGAUCCGACUGUCAGAUUUUGGGUUCUCCUGCCACUUGGAACCUGACGAGAAGCUUCGAGAGUUGUGUGGGACUCCAGGGUAUCUAGCACCAGAGAUCCUUAAGUGCUCCAUGGAUGAAACCCACCCAGGCUACGGCAAGGAGGUCGAUCUCUGGGCCUGUGGGGUGAUCUUGUUCACACUCCUGGCUGGCUCGCCACCAUUCUGGCACCGACGCCAGAUCCUGAUGUUACGCAUGAUCAUGGAGGGCCAGUACCAGUUUAGUUCACCUGAGUGGGAUGACCGUUCUGACACUGUGAAAGACCUGAUCUCGAGGCUGCUGCAGGUGGAUCCUGAGGAGCGCCUGACAGCUGAGCAAGCCCUACAGCACCCAUUCUUUGAGCGCUGUGAAGGCAGCCAACCCUGGAACCUCAGCCCCCGCCAGCGGUUCCGGGUGGCAGUGUGGACAGUGCUGGCUGCUGGACGGGUGGCCUUAAGCACCCACCGUGUACGGCCGCUGACCAAGAGUGCACUGUUGAGGGACCCUUAUGCGCUGCGGCCAGUGCGGCGCCUCAUUGACAGCUGUGCCUUCCGGCUCUAUGGACACUGGGUGAAGAAGGGUGAGCAGCAGAACCGGGCAGCCCUCUUCCAGCACCGGCCCCCAGGGCCUUUAUCCAUGAUGGGCCCUGAAGAGGAGGGGGACUCAGCUACUAUCACUGAAGAUGAGGCCAUGAUGGUGCUGGGCUAGUACUUCAGCCCUGAGGAAUCCCAGGAAGCAGAACUCUCCAGGAGGAGGAUUUUUAUCAUUCCAGCCCCUCUGGGCUAUGGCCUCAGGCCCCCAUGCCUGGCCAGGCCCGCCACUGAUCAAAGUAUCAUAGAGACCAGCCCUGUACACCUACCCACACUGGCCAGGGCUUUGAGAUCAGAGCUGAAGAGGAAGAGAGCCACCCAGAGUGCCAUGCCUGGCCUUAUCCAUGCUGCCUGUGCCACGUAUGCAAUAAAAUCUGCUACACGCCA